AUGUCCAACCUCGAGCUACUCUUCGAUCCAUCCUUGAUCCCCUCUUCCUCACGCAGCACCCUUGAUGACGACCUCUUCCUUAGACCGCUGGCCUCCACGGACAAUGCAAGAGGGCAUAUCGAACUCCUCACGGUUCUCACUUCUGCUCCUGCCCUAUCGCAACAAACCUACGCUUCCACUUUCCAGGAACUCAAAGCUGCCCUCAACACAUACUUUGUCAUUGUCAUCGUUCAACGGUCCACCGACAAGAUUGUCGGGUGUGGAUCGCUCGUCGUCGAACGGAAAUUCCUUCGUAACGCAGGUCUUGUCGGUCAUAUCGAAGACAUUGCCGUGUCCAAAAGUAUGCAAGGACGUAAGCUCGGAUUGAAGAUCAUUAACACCCUCGAAGAUAUCGGUAAAGGUGUAGGAUGUUACAAGAUCAUCUUGGACUGCAGUCAAAGUAACAUACCUUUCUAUGAAAAGUGCGGGUGA